AUGGCGUCAAGAACGAAGACCCAGUGGGCCAAGCCUGAGGACUGGGAACGGUAUCGCAAUACCAUCACGGCCCUGUUCAUGUGCCACUCCCUCCCGGUGGUGAUGCGCAUUAUGCGCGAGGAGCACCAGUUUCAUGCGACUCCGAAGAUGUUUCAGUCCCAGAUCUACCAGAAAUGGGGUCUACGGAAAACCAAACCAGGAGAAGCAAAGAAGGAAGCAAAGGAAGCAAAGGCCCGCAAGAGGCUUCGCGAGGAGUCAGAAGAGGUCGAGAGUGUUGCAUCCUCCUCUAGGUCUCGAGCUCCUGUCGUGGCAGAGGAUCUCAGCGUAUCUGGCAGGAGUGCUGAGUCCACAUCUCCAACUGGACCUGCGCCAUGGCAAGCUGCAUCUGACGACGCCAAUACCACGCUGGACCCUCUUGACCACCAGGUGCCCGCCUCAUUGACGUCUCGGGGUAUGCAGCCGCCAAUUAUUCAGGAGAGCUUCGACCCACAGGCACUGGUUCCGCAGGCUUGGACGAACUUUCUCAACCAAGGCUCUGGACCUCUUCCUCAACCCAACGACCACCAAACUGCAUCGGCUCCCAGCGUGCCACAGUCUCUCAACGAUGGCGAACAGUUCUUCCCCCAAGAAGGCACCGUCCAUCCUAGCAGCGACUCAGGUUCGUGGAUAUCGACAGUAAUGCUGCCUACCGCCCCCACCUCUGUGGCCAAUUCGUAUACGCAAGCACCGCAGUCUACCAAAUCUGGCUCUUCAGAAUCUUCAUCGGGGAGCCGGCCUCGUGCUUCACCUUCUCGCCAAGGAGGCGCUUCAUCCCCGCGUUUUAGAAACAAACAGUCCAUGGCUCGAGUCAAAACGCCAAUGGGUUCUAUCCGACAUCUAGCAGCGCCUAGAGAUUUGUUGGUUCCCGAAAGAACCAUGUUCUAUGCACGCCAUUUUAUCUCAAAUAGAUUCUCCACAGGACUGUGGGCAUUGUCUCAGUCAUCGGACCCAACUUUUUUCGACAGCGAGUGUGGCAAGCUUGAACGUUGGUACAACGAUUUCAACCCCGGUUUCGACUGUCUAAGAGCGCGAAAGGUCAAGAGAGCAUUUCGUCUCCUGAAGCGGUGCUUUGCGAAUACGAAGACGAUCAUCGAACCACAGGACCCGAGAGUGAUUAUCUACGUGUGCCAGCAAGCAACGCGAUGUAUGUGGUACGAUGAACUAGGACGGAACCUCUCUCAGACGCUGCUCAAAUAUAUCUCUGGUUUGUGCCAGGUGUUCUUUGGCAUGCAACAUCCCCUAUUCAUCAUGCUGGAUCAGCUUGCUCGGAUGGACAGCUUCCAAUUUGCACAUACCUUGCGGCCAUUCAUGGAUUGUUAUUUCGACCACCUAGAGCCCUUCCUCGAGCAAUCGAGCAAUGCUUUCGGACAUAUAACCGAGAUGAGAGGCUUGACAGUCAGCCUGAUGGAAGCUACUGGCAUGAUGGGAAUCUACGAAGCCAAACCCGUUCUUGACGGACUUGUGGAGAAGGCUGAACUUCAUGGUCUCCCCAGUCUAUACCUAAAGGUGGAAACGGCAGCACUACUGCAUCGAAAUCGUUUCUUCUCCGAGGCUUUGUCAUUGCUAACGGAGGUCCGAGAGUCACCCGAGGCGCCACUAUACCCGUACGAAUUCCAUUAUGCGGGAAUUGUGUGGAUCCUCACCCUUCAGAAAAUGAAGGACAUUGACGGGGCUAUUCGCGCGGAAUACGAGCUGGUCAACUUUUUGUCGAGACCUCUGAGCCAUUUCCCCGGGUAUCCUGACCAAUUGACCAUGUCUUUGAGGCAGUUCAUUGAAGCAAGGCAGAGCACCCUGCUCUUGAUUCUGGGGAAGCUGGAGAAGGAUUUGCGCGAAUCUGGACGUAUAGAGGAAGCAGAGAAGAUCCAAGCUCGCUUGGAUCGCGGUGUAACGCAAGAAUACGGCGCUGAAGAACCGAACGGAGAUCCGGAGGCAGAAGUAAACGCCAUGGUGGAGCACCAUGCCGCCAUCCCCUGUCUGCGCGAAUUGCUCAUACUCAACCCAAAAUCGGCAUUCCGCCUCCGUUCGGCUUCCACUUACAAGGACAUCUCGGCCCUGCUUUUGCCAAAGGGCCGGUCGGUUCUAAUGUCGGCGAUGUCACCCAUGGCUCUGGGGUACGCGCCCCACCGUAUCAAUAUUACACGCGCUCUUGCGUGA